AUGUUUGCCAUAAAAGAAUUCAAACACCAUAGAAUUGAACUUAGAGCUAUUAAAUUGGCCACCAACAACUUUGAUGACAAAAACUACGUCGGGAAAGGUGGAUUCGGGAAGGUGUACAAAGGAGAACUUGUCCAUUCAGAGGUGCGGACCAUGGUUGCUAUAAAACGCUUAGAUCGUGCAUUUGGUCAAGGUGACACGGAGUUUUGGAAGGAGAUCAUGAUGCUUUCCCUUUACAAACAUGAAAAUAUUAUUCCUCUCGUAGGUUUUUGUGAUGAGAAUGAUGAGAAAAUAAUAGUGUACGAGUAUGCAUCCAACAAGAGUCUCGACUUGUACCUAAGCAACACUAAUCUCACAUGGAUUCAACGCCUCAAGAUAUGUGUAGGGGCUGCUCGUGGGUUAGAGUACCUACAUAAUCUGAAGGGCACACAACAUAGAAUAUUACAUCGUGAUAUUAAGAGCUCCAACAUCUUGUUGGAUGAAAACUGGAAAGCCAAGAUUUCAGAUUUUGGUCUUUCCAAGCUUGGCCCCGCAAACCAAGAAUACACAUUUCUUGUGUCCCACGCAGUGGGCACUGUUGGAUAUUGUGAUCCUCUAUAUGCAGAGUCGGGAUUUUUGACAAAAGAAUCAGAUGUCUACUCUUUUGGUGUUGUGUUAUUUGAAGUCCUGUGUGGGAGGUUGUGCAUGAGUUACAAAGAUAAGCAUCAGCCCCUUGUGGGGCUGGCACGGCAAAGCUUUGAACAAAACAGACUCGAUGAAAUUAUUUUUGAUCAUAUAAAGGAACAAAUAAAUUUAGAGUCAUUAAAAGUGUUUGCAUCAAUAGCAUAUAAAUGUUUAAAAAGAGAUCGUGAAGAACGACCAACAAUGACCCAGAUCGUGAAAGAGCUUGAAAUUGCACUUGAAGCCCAGGUUUGGAAGUGA